GAGGCUGAGACAUCGGUGUGGGAAAGUCGCACGGCGGGUUGUGCGACCGAGUUGUGGUUCGUAGGAAAUGGGUUCGAACUGAGCAGCAGCAGCAGGAGGAGAAAGAAAGCGCGUUGGGAUUAUCCGUACCGAACACUAAACGGCUGCUUUUUUUUUAUUCCUUUCCUUUUUAAAAGCGAAUAACGAAACACACGUUCCGUUCCCUCGAGUCCGCCGCGGAAUCGCUAUAGAAACAAGCGUUUGUUUCGCGGGAAGCGCCGGUGUACGGACUGACUGCCCGCCCGGCUCGCGCCGCCUUUCUUCGCGUGCUCGGCUGUCGCGCUGUCCUCGAGCACUUCUUUAAAGUUACAGGUAUACAUUUUUUUUUUUUUUUUUUGUAGCGUGAACUCGGCGCGACCAUGGAGGCGCUAUCAGGAGAGACUCGAAGACGCGGCGGCGACUCCAGAAACUCCUCAACCGCCGGGCUGUUCGCGGUUGGAUUGCUCUGCGCACAAGUGUUCUGUGUGCAGACCUCCUUCUCCUUCACCAAGGAGCCCAAAUCUCAGGAUGCCUUGCACGGGCGUAGCGCCAUGCUGCGCUGUGAGGUCAGUAACCCUGCAGGACUGCACUACCGCUGGCUGUACAACGGCGACCCCGUGGUGGAUACGGAGCGCCGCUUCCAAGAGGGGGGCAACCUCAAGUUUACCACUGUGGACCGCUCAUUGGACAGUGGACACUUCCAGUGUGUGGUCACUGACACGGCCACUGGGGAGGAGGCCCACUCUGCCGUCGCAUCCUUCAACGUCAAAUGGCUGGAGACUGGUAGCGUGACCCUGAAGGUGCCAGCCUCAGAGGUGGAGAUAGAGAGCUCUGCGUCCGUCACUUUGCGCUGCCUCAUUGACGGACACCCACGGCCCACAUGUCAGUGGUUUCGGGAUGGCAUCCGACUGACGGAGAAGAGCCACCAGAUCAACAACAAGGAGCGGACACUGACCAUACAAAGCGCCAGCCCUGACGACAACGGUGUCUACUACUGCUGUGCCAAAAAUGCUGCCGGGCACGUCUGCAGCGACAGCAACUUUACGCUCAACAUCAUUGAUAAGAGCUUCCCCCGCCCGGUGGUCACCCCCGAGGACCAGGUGGUACUGAGGAAUGAGGAGGCUGUCUUCCAUUGCCAGUUCACUGCCGAUCCUGCCCCCAUCGUUGAAUGGUAUCACAACAAUGAUCUGCUCAUCAACAAAUCUCGCCUGUUCCUGUACAGCAACGGAACGCUCCACAUUACCCAGGUGAAGGCCCGCAGUGUAGGUGUGUACCAGUGUGUGGCCCGUGGACCCCGAGGCCGCAACGUAACCCUGCAGGCUCAGCUCAGGCUGGCAGAGAUCGAAGACAUGGGUCAGCCGCUGUCAAGGGUCUUCACGGUGGACAGCCUUCAGCGUGUGUCCUGCCGACCCCCUCGCGGCCAUCCGGAGCCUGAAAUUUGGUGGGAGAGAUCUGGGGUGCGGCUGCCUACCCAGGGCAGGGUGCACCAGCAGGGCACAGAGCUGGUCUUCAGCCCCACAGAGGACAGUGACUCCGGAACCUAUAUUUGUGUAGCCCGAAACAAGGCAGGGCAACGAGAGCAGGAGCUCACGGUCACUGUGGCCACUGCCCCGGAGUGGGUGACCAAGCCUGCGGAUAGCUACUUGGAGGAGGGGAGGCCUGGGUACCUCCACUGUCACACCCGGGCGACACCCAAACCUGAGGUCACCUGGUACCGCAGUAGCAACCUCAUCACUCCUGGGGAAGCGCGUUUUGAGCAGUUCCCCAAUGGGACGCUGCGGAUCAACAACGUGGAGGUGUACGAUGGAGUGGUAUACAGCUGCCAGAGCAGGACGGAGGCUGGCUUCCUCUCAGCCCAAGCUCGGGUCUUUGUGCUAGAGAAACUCAAGUUCACGCCCACCCCUCAGCCGACGCAGUGCCUGGAGCUGGAUAAAGAGGUCACUGUUCAGUGCUCAGCUACAGGACGCGAGUCCCCUAAGAUCCAGUGGACAAAGGCAGACGGCAGUGAGAUCCCGUCCCAUGUAGACCAGCGGAACGGCAUAUUGCACUUCUCCAAAGUGACGCACAGCGACGCAGGCGACUACACCUGUGUGGCAUCUAAUGCCGUACAGGGGGAGAUCCGUGCUGUGGUGCACCUGACCGUGGCAGUGUACGUCGUGUUCAAGCUCGAGCCCGAGAACACGACCGUAUACCAGGGCCACACAGCCAUCCUGCACUGCCAGGCCACUGGGAAUCCUGAGCCCCUCAUCCAGUGGAUGGUUAAGGACAGGGUUCUGGACCCCAGCCGGAGCAGGUUCCAGAAGAUGCCCAAUGGCUCCCUGCUCAUCAGUGACAUCAGCAUGGAGGACACGGGGAAGUAUACCUGCAUCGCUGGGAACAGCUGCAACAUCCGCACCCAGGUGGCACAGCUCUAUGUCGUGGAGAAACCUGAGCCCAAGAUCAUGGAGACGGAGGAGAAGGCCCCGUACAAGAUGAUCCAGACCAUCGGGCUGUCGGUCGGGGCGGCUGUGGCCUACAUCAUCGUCGUUCUGGGCCUCAUGUUCUACUGCAAGAAGAGGCGCAACGCCAAGAGGCAGCAGAAGAACGCAGAGGGAGAGGAGACCGAGAUGGAGUGCCUCAACGGAGGCGCUGUGCAGCAAAACGGCCAGACAACAGCGGAGAUACAGGAGGAGGUGGCCCUGACAGGCCUGGGCACUGCGGCGUCCACCAACAAGCGCCACAGCACCCAUGACAAGCUGCACUUCCCCCGGGCCGACCUGCACACGAUCACCACGCUGGGCCGAGGUGAGUUUGGGGAGGUGCUGCUGGCCAAGGCCAAGGGCAUCGAGGGCUGCGAGGCCGAGACAGCCGUGCUGGUGAAGAGCCUGCAGACACGCGACGAACAGCUGCAGCUCGACUUCCGGCGGGAGUAUGAGAUGCUGGGCAAGCUGAGUCACCCCAACGUGGUUCGGCUGCUGGGCCUGUGCCGCGAGGCGGAGCCGCACUACAUGAUCCUGGAAUAUGUGGACCUGGGGGAUUUGAAGCAGUUCCUGAGGAUCUCCAAAAGCAAAGAGGAGAAAACCAAGCCCCAGACAUUGAGCACCAAGCAGAAGGUGUCCAUUUGUACCCAAGUGGCCCAAGGCAUGGAACACCUUUCCAACCACCGUUUUGUCCACAAAGACCUGGCAACUCGCAACUGCCUGAUCAGUAAUCAGCGGCAUGUCAAGAUUUCCACGCUCAGCCUAAGCAAAGAUGUUUACAACAGUGAGUACUACCAUUACCGCCAAGCCUGGAUCCCGCUGCGCUGGUUGCCUGCAGAGUCUGUCUUUGAGGGAGACUUCUCCACCAAGUCGGACGUGUGGUCUUUUGGGGUCCUCAUGUGGGAGGUGUUCACCCACGGGGACCUGCCUUACACCAAACUCGGUGACGACGAGGUCCUGGAAAGCCUUCAGGGAGCCAAGCUCAAGCUGCCGGCACCGGACAGCUGCCCAUCCCGGCUCUACAAGCUGAUGUCCCGCUGCUGGGAGCCCAGUCCCAAGGACCGGCCCUCCUUCAGCGAGAUUGUCAACAUGCUGGGCGAGCAGCCUUCUGACACCAAGGUCUAAUGGGGGACUACAAGGGUGUGGGUGGGAGGCAGCACGACCAUUCUGCCUCCUCCUUCACUGGCACAUCCCUGCAGACCGUGAACUCUGACAAACCUGCGACAUUUCAUGGGACUCAGGAACGAGGGGAAGAAAGAAGACUUAGUGAAUGGAAGUUGCUUUUUUUUCUUUUUUAAAUGAGAUUGAGAGGUUACGGGGGUCACUUGCCUUAAUUUGCCUCUGUUGGGACAUCAUAUUUCUGCCCCUGACACACCGAACCCUGGGAACUACCUCUGCACGAUGCCUUGCUUGGCCUUACCCCACUGCUUCCACCGGGACAAGGGGAGGAACAAAACGAGGACAUUGGGCUCCAAAGCAAGAGCUGCCCUGCCAUGAGGGGGAAUGGGGUCGCUCUUAUUCCUUUUAACUGCAGUUGGACUAGUCGGUGGCGUGAGCAAGUGAUCACCUUUUUAUUUUUAAAAAUUUUAAAUCUAAAGCUGGUUUAUUAAGUGUUUACUUCAGUAUGAGGUUAUGAGCUUCGGAAAGCUGACGGUACAAGCGCAGGGAGAUUUACCGAAGGUAUGUAGUCUGUUACAUGAGCUCUCGAUCUGGGUUCUGUGUUGCAAAAAUCUGAUGGGACUCAUCAAAAAGUCUAUCUUCUGACAGAAGCUUGGGGAGAAGAGGGAAAUCUGACUUUUUUUUUUU